ACAUUGUAAAAUACAGAGCUAUAAGCGAAAGCAGAGAGCUCGUAGCACUUUACUAUGCUCGGUUAAAUACUCAGUAAACAACACAUUGCAAAUUAUAUAUCUUUCUUGAUAUUAAGGGUUUCGAGGUUCAUCUAGACUAAGUGUUGCUUCAUUAAAAAUGUUUCUUCCUUAUUAAAGUUUUUAAUUGUAUUAAAAGAUUGAAAUUGUUUAUUGCUCCAAGUUUAAAUAAAUGCUACUCUGUUUUUAAAACAUUUUUCGUGCGAUUUUAAUUGAAUGAAACUUUAAACUGAACGCUUUAAAUAAUUCUUAUAAUCAUUAUGCUUAAAUAUUUUCUUCGCUAUUGUAUUUGCCACAAGUCUCAGGUACUGAUACCUAGACGGUUAUGUUCAAUUGUAAAUAAAUGGACCACUAGAUCACAUACUUGUGGAGAGUUGAAUUUAAAUCAUGUAGGUCAAGAAGUUACAAUAUGCGGAAGAAAAACCUUUCAUAGGUGUGACAAAUUUGUCAUUUUACGAGAUAAAUACGGAGAUACUCAAGUAAUAUGUCAAGAAAAUGAAAAUCUAACUAAGAAAUAUUUAAAUUCAUUGCCUUUAGAAUCAUUUAUUGAAGUGAAGGGGACUGUUCUCAAAAGACCUUUGAAUAACAUCAAUAAAAAAAUGCCAACUGGGGAAAUUGAAGUAGUAGCCUCUGAAAUUAAAGUUUUAAAUGAAGCCUCACCUAGUACUCCUUUUACUUCAAAAGAUCAGGAAAAGAUGACUGAUAGUAUGAAAUAUAAAUAUCGUUGUUUGUAUUUGCGCAAUCCUCGUAUGCAAGACAAUUUGAAAAUACGCUCUCAAGUCAUCAUGAAAAUACGACAAUUCCUACAUGAUCAGAAAUUUGUAGAAGUUGAGACUCCUACUCUUUUUAAACGGACCCCAGGUGGUGCAAAAGAGUUUGUAGUUCCAACAAAAUUUCCUGGGGAGUUCUAUUCCUUACCGCAAAGUCCUCAGCAACAUAAACAAAUUUUGAUGAGUGCUGGACUUGAUGGAUAUUUUCAAAUAGCUCGCUGCUACAGAAAUGAAGGAACAAAGUCAGAUCGACAGCCAGAAUUCACUCAGGUAGAUAUAGAACUUAGCCUUACUACACCAGAAUUAAUACAAAAUUUAAUAGAAUCACUUUUGCAAUUUUGUUGGCAUGAAGAGAAAGGUUGCAUUAAAACUCCUUUUCCAAAACUAAAAUAUGAAGAAGCUAUGCAACUUUAUGGAACUGAUAAACCAGAUCUCCGCUUUGAAGUAAAGAUUCAAGAUUUAACAGCUGAGUUUAAAGAAUCCAAUCUACAGUUAGCUUCUGAAUCGAAAUUUAAUUCUGAUUAUAUCGUAUCCUGUAUUUUAUUUCCCCGGGGAUCUAAGCUUAUAAAAAAGUCAUUGUUAAAAGAGUUAGAAGUCUUAGCUGAAUCUAAAAAUGUGGCUUUUGUCCCAAUUUCUGUGAAAGAAAAUAACUCUUGGGCAUCAUCAAUUUCUAAACAUAUUGAAAGUCACAUAAAAGAAAAUAUAAAUGAAAAAUUAUUGUCAAAACCUGACGACUUAAUUAUUUUAGCUGCUGGGAAAUCUGCAAUUGCACAAAGUUUUUUAGGGAAGGCUAGAAUACAAUGUGCUGAAUAUUUGCAAUCAAUUGGUGUAAAUCUCAUGAAUCCCAAUACUUUAUCAUUUGUAUGGAUUACAGAUUUUCCUCUAUUUAUUGCUGAUGAAAACGGAAAAUUAGAGUCAGCUCACCAUCCAUUUACUGCUCCUCAUCCUGAUAAUAUAGACUUAGUUUACACUAAUCCAUCUAAGGUACGAAGUCAACAUUAUGACUUGGUUCUAAAUGGUCAAGAAAUAGGGGGUGGAUCUAUACGUGUACAUAAUGCCCCACUUCAGAAGUAUAUACUUGAAGAUAUACUAGGAGAAAAUUCUGCUGAACUGCAACAUAUGCUCGAUGCUUUGAGUUUUGGUUGCCCUCCUCAUGGUGGUAUUGCUUUAGGAAUUGAUAGAAUAUUAGCCAUUAUGUGUGGUUGCAGAUCUAUUGUUGAUGUAAUAGCUUUUCCAAAAUCAUUAGAUGGUAAAGAUCUAAUGUCUGGGGCCCCUUGUCCAAUUUCUUAUGACGAUAAAAUGCUGUACCAUAUAGAACCAGUAAUACCUGAUAAUAAAAAAUGUUGAACGUCUCCUUGCAAUUUAAGAAUUCUAGCUUCAGCUUCUUUCACAGCUUGAAGAGGGUCCUUUUCUGUUGGUUUCUCCUCUGCCAUAACUAAAUCAA